ACAACAUAUUUCUUCAGUUAAUCUUGACAGCGAAAUCAUGCUAGCGUAUUUUUAGACCUUUCUCGUUGAAGCACGUAAUUUUUGUGGAACAAUUGUUGAAAAGGUUCUUGCAUUUUUCAUUUCGUAGAGUUAAGUUUUUUAUUCCUUUUCAAAUGUCCUCGCUCUUUGUUUUUUUUGUGUCCUACCUAUGUUCCCGCCGCAAACGAACAGUCCAUGAUAGCUUGAGGGAAGUCAUCUGACACUUGUUCACCUUUGAUCAUACGUAGUUAAUUCAUACAGGUGAUAUUGAAAAAUUUUGUUCAAGAUUAUACACUACUUCUCGUGGAAAUAAAAAAGUCUAUCAUGCCUAAGAUACAAGUGGCUAAUCCUGUCGUGGAAAUCCAAGGAGAUGAAAUGACUAGAAUUAUUUGGGAUCUGAUAAAAGAGAAACUAAUAAAGCCAUAUUUGGAUUUAAAUAUUCAGUUUUAUGACCUGGGAAUUCAGAGCCGUGAUUCUACAAACGAUCAAAUUACUAUAGAUGCAGCAGAAGCAAUUCGCAGGUGCAAUGUUGGAAUAAAAUGUGCUACCAUCACCCCCGAUGAGAAACGUGUUGAAGAAUUCAAAUUGAAAAAGAUGUGGAAAUCGCCAAAUGGGACAAUAAGAAAUAUUUUAGGAGGAACAGUAUUUCGUGAACCUAUAUUAUGCAAAAAUAUUCCAAGACUUGUUAAAUGCUGGGAGAAACCAAUUAUUAUUGGUCGUCAUGCCCACGCAGAUCAGUAUAAAGCAACUGAUUUUGUUGUGCCUGCUCCAGGGAAAUUGGAACUAUUUUAUACACCUUCUGAUGGGGAACCGAUCAUUUAUGAAGUUCAUGAUUUUAAAAAUGGUGGUGGUAUUGCUAUGGGAAUGUACAACACUGAUGAAUCUAUCAAAGGCUUUGCUCAUAGUUCCUUCCAGUAUGCAUUGCAAGUAAACUAUCCAUUGUACAUGAGCACCAAGAACACAAUUUUAAAGAAGUAUGAUGGGCGAUUCAAAGAUAUAUUUGAAGAAAUUUAUGAAAGUGAAUACAAGUCAAAGUUUACAGCCAAAGGUUUGUGGUAUGAACAUCGAUUGAUUGAUGAUAUGGUUGCAUAUGCAUUAAAAAGUGUAGGUGGAUUUGUUUGGGCAUGUAAGAACUAUGAUGGUGAUGUUCAGUCAGAUUCUGUCGCUCAAGGUUAUGGAUCUCUUGGUCUAAUGACAAGUGUUCUCAUCUGUCCAGAUGGGAAAACAGUGGAGUCUGAGGCUGCUCAUGGAACAGUCACUCGACAUUACCGUUUACAUCAACAAGGAAAGGAAACUUCAACCAAUCCAGUUGCAUCAAUAUUUGCUUGGACAAAAGGUUUGGAGCAUCGAGCUAAACUAGAUGGUAAUGAAGCUUUAAAGAAUUUCUGCAAGUCUCUGGAAGAAGCUUGUAUUGAAACAAUUGAAUCAGGAAGUAUGACUAAAGAUUUAGCUGGUUGCAUCAAGGGAAUUCAAAAUGUUACAAGGUCUGACUAUCUAAAUACAUUUGAAUUCUUGGAUAAAAUUGCACUAAUGCUGAAGAACAAGCUAUCUAAAAGUAAUUUAUGAAUUAGAAAACACAAAUAAUGGCACAUAAUAAUUGUAAUCUACAAAUCAAUUAGAAUUUUCUGAAUCACUUAUUUGCAUAAAUUAAAUGGAGGGGGUAUUGCAAUGAAAUCAAAAUAUAGAGACACUAUAUUUUUAUAUAUUUAUACAUGGAUGAGAUUUUGGGGAUUUGAAAUAUAAAUAUAUCAUGUUUUAAUCCAAGAUAAACCGUAGUAAAAUACAAAGAAUGUUGUCACUAGUCCAAGGAUCAUGUAACACAUGCAUUUUCUGUCUGAUCUUGCUGAUUUGAUAACUUGCUGUAAUCGUUGAGAGCUGCCAUUCAAUAAACCACCUGCACCAUUAAAUUGGUCAUCCUAGUAAUUGAAGAACAUUCAUUGUUGGUAAUUUAUCAUUUUCCUUGGAGAAAUUUUCAAAAUAUACACACAACCUUCUCAGUCUGCAUGAAUAUUAGAAGUGAAAACCAAUAAAUAAAAUGAUUUUUUGGGUUUGACAUGCAUCAAUAAUAUGUUUUAAUUGAAAUAUUAUUGACUGCGAUUAUCUGUGAAUAUGAACUCUUUUAAAAUCAUUGGUGCAUUUCAAUUUUUUUGUAUUAUUUACAUCAAAAUCUUUUUUUUUCAACUUACCAUUCCAUCCAAAUAUUUAUUUUGAUUGUCUGCAUCAUGUUUAAUAUCAACAGCAAUCUAAAGAAAAAGCUAUCUAUAUUAAAUCAAGUGAGUCAUCAGUAGUGUCAAUAUUAUUAUGAAAACAAUAUAUAUAAAUAUAUGUCAUAUAAUAGGAAUAUAUAAACAAUAUGUAUUAACAUUUCAUUCCUGUAAACAUUUAACUUUAGAUAACAUAAAUCAACAUUUUCUUUAUUCUCACA